GUAUUUUUCGGAGGCUCGGUUCCUUGUAAGUGGGUCAACUAAUCAAAUUCAGGGAGCAUAUGCAAAACGUUCACACCAAACAAGUCAGAAAGGUCAACCCACUGCAAUGUAGUCGCUGUCAGGACGAAUUCCCGGAUCAGGAUGAACUCAAAGGUCACCAACUUAAUAUAGACUGCGCGAUUCGCUGCCCCGAUUGUGCCGAUGAGUUUUCCUCGAAGGCUCAAAGACAGGAGCACCAAAAGGAGAAUCAUCUUGAAGAUGCGAAUAAUCCUCUCCUGAGAGAACUCGACGAUACUAUGUGGAAACAGAUCAAAGACAAUCUCAGCGUCUACACAACUUCUCUCAAAAACAAAAAAGGCGGACCGUCUGGUAUUCCUAAUCUUGAGCGCGAGCGAUGGGUGCUUGAAAAUAUUCCACGCUACGAGAAUGGACGCUCGUCAAAGCUCAAAGCCAAUUCCAAGCUCGAGCUUGGUCAGUGGUACACGAUAUUCACGACUCUCGCACCAAAUAUGAAGAUUCUGGAGCAUCCUUGUAAGUGGAUUCCCAAUUUUCCCAUUUUCAACACUGAACAUACUCUCAGUCUACGACUACGGAACUCCCCGCUCUGAUUACGCCCAGGAAAGGAUAUUGUUCAUCCAUGACACAAUGAUAAACGCCAGAGUAGAAGCGCACGGAUUGCCCCCAGCUGACUUCGAUUUGCAACGGGAAUGGUACCGAGAAGCUUUGCGAGAUAGUCUACGAGUGGCUGCCGAGACGAAGAAAGUAUCCCACUUCAAAAGAAGCGCGGCAUCAAGGCGAAAUAAUAUAUUAGCUCCAUCAUCAGCGUCUGGACCUGGGCCAAGCAUCAUUGACGGGAUGGGCUAUAACGGUCCAAUGGCGGCGACUAUACAAAUGCCGCAUCCACCCACC